UGCUGUGUAUUCACCUGUCCUCUGCAGCCAGUGCUGGAGGAUAUUGCUUUUCCAGUUGGAUUUGCUUGGGCUGCAGCUACAGCAGCAUAUCAAAUUGAAGAAGGCUGGAAUGCAGAUGGAAAGGGCCUUAAUGUCUGGGACAUAUUCACCCAUCAGGGAGGAGAUCGAGUUUUCAAGAACCAGACUGGUGAUGUAGCUUGUGGCAGCUACACUCUGUGGGAGGAAGAUUUGAAAUGUAUCAAACAGCUUGGAUUGACUCAUUAUUGCUUUUCUCUUUCCUGGUCACGUCUGUUACCUGAUGGGACGACAGGUUUCAUCAACCAGAAACGCAAUUGUUUCUUAAAAAUAGAAGGUUGCAGCUUUAAUUCAAGGUUAUUGCUGCAGUCUGGCAUAAUUAAUCCAGUAUGCUAUUCUGCAGUGUAGCUUUGAAAUUGCAACUUUUUUCAGAGUAAUUAUGGGAUGAUUUUUUAUAGGUUUUCAACAACUUACUAAUUAAUAUUCUAGAUCCCCUCGGAUAGCACAAUCUUCUGGGAUAGGAUUAUUAUUAUGUUUCCUAUGUAUCUUUUUGCUUACUCCAGUUUUUUUAAUUGUAACUCUAAAUCAUUUUGCUUCAUCAGAAUGUUUAUACUUACAGGGAUCCUAGCCAUGAGAAUAUUUUUGGAUGGCUUACAAUAGACAAGUUAUCUUACUUGCCAAGUGCGUUUAGAUAGCUUAUCAGUAUACUCCAAUGUGCUGAACUUCACAUUGACUAGUUUGCACUGAGGGACAUACUUUUCCCAGACAUUUUUCUUUAGCAAAUUAGAGAGGAUUCUUCACACUGAUAGGAGCUAUGCUUAGUUCUCUGGCAAACAGAAACUCUGAAAAGAAGAGUUUUCACAGUCUCAGCAGGCAGUGUGUAUGUGUAAAGGGAUACAGCACAUAAAUAAACUGGUCAGAUUGCUAGAAGUCAGAUAUAAAAUUUGUUAAACUUCUGAUUAAUUUAUUUCAAUUCCAUUGGUGUGGACUGGGGAAGAGCUUAAGGUCACCCACUAGGAAAAAACAGGAAAGGGCAGUUGUUCCUACAGAACAGAGGGAAUGGAAGAAAGAAGAAAUUAAGAGAAUUAUGAAGAAUAAAAGCUACUGAAGCUGAAAUGAUGGGAGAAUCAAAGAAGCUGGCUGAGAUCUCUUGUACACUGGGAGGAUAAUGUUCCAAGGAGAAAGAAAGAAAAGUAUAUUUGAAUGAACUUCAUGACUUCUCAAUUCUGCUUCCUACUCUUCUGCAUCUCCAAGAUGAUAUAUAUAUAUAUAUCUUUAUAUACUUCUAAGACAGUAUUUGCCUUGGCAAUUCCUUUUUUCUCCUGGCUUGAAGAUUGCAAUGAUGGAAGGUUACAAAGGAUAGGAUUUCUUAGAAAAUACUCUUCAGGUUAGCCUUAUCUGUACUAGGAU